AUGGUGAGGGAUAGAGGAGAUGGAGGGGGGUUGGGGUGGGGGGGUGUGUUUGUUAGGGGGGGGGGGGGAAGGGAGGAGUAUGGGGUGUUGUGGGAGUGGUGGGGUGGGGGGGAAAAUUAUGGGUGGGGUGGGGGUGGGGGGGGGAUAGGGUAUUGGGUGGUUUGGGAUUGGGGGUUAAAGGGGGGAUUUGGGGAGGGGGGUUGGUGGGGGGGGGGGGGGGGGGGAGGUAGGGGGGGGGGGGGGGUGUUAGUAGGGGGGGUGGGGGAAGGGGGGGGGGGGAUGUGUAGGGGAAGAUUGGGUUGGUUAGGGGGGAGUGAUGUGAUUUUAGUUGGGUUUGUGUUGUUGGGGUGGGGGGGAAUAGAGGUUUGGGGGGGUUUGGGGGGGGGGAUAUGGGGGUAUGGCAAUGUGGGGUGUGGGUGA